AUGGUUAAACGACAUUACUACACAUCCGCCCUCCGCACCUAUGACGUGUUUGUGAAGUAUGGAAUAGAACAGAUCUAUAGAACCACCAAGUUAGAAUUUGCAGACCUACAAAAAUUGAAAUUAAGUGAACUUCAACAGCUUACUGAAGAAGGUCAUGUGAGGGAAAUAUGA